UCGUCUGCUUGAAGCUGCAGUAGUCGAGUGAAAAUCAAGCUAAAAUGUGCAUGGGGCACAUUGACGUGAGGCGAAGAGCGUUCAGAGGAUCUCUAUAGCUAUUUAUAAUUCAGUUUACUUGUCUUUAACGCUCGUAGUUUGUGCUGAUUCCCAGUAUACGUUGAACUUUAUCGACAUGUUGGAGCUCAGGCUACUGUAGCCGUGUCGGAUGAAUUCUCGCCAAAGUGUGGUGUCGGCUGUAACGAGAUGGUGGGAGAGGUCGGACUCCAUCGCAUCACACCAUUCUUCAUCGUUUGUUAGAAUUCGCACAUAUCUCAAACUGGCAAGAUGUCUCAGUUAUUUCAGCAAGACGGUUAAACAAACACAAAAGGGUGUCUCGUUCUGUCAGCUUGGCCAACGUUAUACUUCACCAAAUCUGUCUAAAACUGUGCAAAGUGCCACACUUCUAUCAACAAAUUCGAAAUCCUCAGAACAAGGCUAUUCCCAGUUUGUGGUGAAAAAGGCUGUCAGUAAAUUUCUAACAAGACUUGCGAACCAUGGGAUAUUUAAGAAACAGGUGCAACCCAUAGAUAUAGAUGACAGUGAAUCUGCACUGAAAGCGCGAUAUGUUUACCUGACGACUUGUACUAACAUGUGGGAAGAUGUCCCCGUGGGGGUGAAGUUCGAUGUGUCUUAUGUAGACUCUCACCCAGAGGCCCCGUACAACAUCAAAACACCUGUGGUUGUGGGUCUCCAUGGAACGCCGGGAUCCCACCAGGAUCUCCUGCCCAUCCUGGAACCUAUGGUGGCCCAAGGAUGCAGAGUUGUUAUUCCCAAUUUCCCAGGAUAUGGUUACACACGAGGUAUUGGGCCGGGACACGAUGACUGCUUCACUCAUUCGCCCGAGGAGAAAACACAGUUCCUGGUGGACUUUCUCACGGUCAUCGGCAUACCCAGGGUGGACCUGUUGGUGGGACACAGUGCUGGAUGCUACCCACUAACCCACAUGUGUGCAGACCGAAGCGGCAUCCAGUCUGCCAUGCUGAUAUGCCCAGCUAUCCAUACUUCUUACAGGGGCAUCAGGCCACACAAGGUACUGAAGCUGAUCAGUGAUUGGUGGGAGGUGCCUAUGUGUAGACCUGCUCUUAAUGCAGCUGUGUACCUGGCCAGUAGUGGGGGAGAGUAUAAAGGCAUACCUGUCUCCCAUAUAAUGACUGCCAUUAGGACCACCCUCAAUGUCAACUUUGAAAAUGUUAUCCAUAAUGCAAUGGCCAUGGAUCAGAAGAAGUUUCCUGCAUGUGUCAUGUUUUCUGACAAUGACAAAAAAAUACAGCUGCAUCUGAUGAAGGAGUACAUAGAACUACUGGGGAUCACAGAUGAGGAAACAGAGACCUACACAAGUGAUGCACCAGAUACCUCCAGAGGUGUGCUGGGUUACCCUAAGGCUGUGAUGCUGGAAGGAGGGGGACAUUAUCCACUGAAGAAAUACCGCAACAUCAUUUUAUCUGAACAACUCAAACUUCUACACGCCAUUAGCAAGGGCAGAUAACCACAUGUAAACUAGGACAAAUGAUAUGAUAUCUGAUAACAGCUGUAAGAGACAAGCAAAUAUAUAAACUAGUGACUCAUACACAGUGUGUAUAAACUCUGAGUCUGAUUAUGGCUAUUAAAAUGAGUUCAUUCACCUCUCACAGUACUUGUUAUUUGUGACAUAAUGCAGAAAUUAGUCAGUGCUGUUCACUUGGCUUUCAACAAGUUUACAAGUGGUGGUUAAAAGCCAAUUUGUGACUGAGACAAGUAAUAGAUGUAUAUAUAUGUGUGUGUGUGUUUUAGAAAUCAGAGUUUGUUUUGAUAUUAACCAAUUUUUGAUGUGGCAAGAUAUUGCAUGGUGAAUCUCCCUUGCACGUGUAGUUGUUGUCAAUAAAUGAAGUGAUGAGUUAUUGCAGACAUACUAAACCUUUUGGGGGUAGUUGAGAGUACCUCAUACAGGCAGCUGGACCGAGUAUACUUCAUGUACAUCUGAUGAAUGGUUACAGCAGAAAGCCCAGGUUAAAAAACAAUGGUACUUGUGGACUAAUUAGUGUUUGGGAUAAAUGCAGGAAUGGGUCAGGUGUGUUGUGUUUGAGAGGAAUGCCGCCUUUGGAUAUCUUGUGUUGACAAAAUAAAGGCUCUGCUCCAUUCACUACACAUACUCUGUGAUAACUGCAAUAAAAAGCGUCCAGCCAUGGGUUUUGAACAAGGCUGCACCGAGUGCAGGCAUUGAAAUAGAGCAUAGGUUGAUACGGCACAUUGUCUGCCCAUAAAGGGACCAAUAUGUGACAGAAAUAUGCGGGCAUGCUGGUUUACCUGCCACUGGCAUGAAACCCAGCAAACCAAGGAUCCACUACUAAAUGGUGCUAAUAUCAGCAAUUUUUACCAGGGCAUGGAAUGUACCAUAAAUGUUAUUGUUCUCUGUUGGUGAAGACUGUAAAAGCUUCAUCAUUGUACAGGUACCGAUAACACUUUGUAAGCUAGAAAUCCAGUUGGGGACAUGUCUAUGUCUUGUUAGAUUUUUAUUUCCCAUCCCAGACUACCAAUUGGAAGUUUCACCUGAGGAUUUAGUUUUGACAUGAGACUGGACAUAUGUAUCACAAAGGAAAUGCAGUAUUGGCAUUGUUUCUCAAAAUAUGAACUCAACGGUCGUUUGAUCUGCCCUAUGGAAGAUCGAAACAAGGCAAGUAGAUUGUAUAUGGGUAUAGAUGUCAUUUAGAAAGUGGAUUAGGUAACAGUAUUAUUGUUAAUAGAGACUACACUUUCUGAAUAUAGCACAA